AUGAUUACGAGUAUGGUCAGCAGCGAUGGCGGGGCUCCAAGCCUGCUGCAGCCUGAGUUGGACCGCAUGUGUGACUUGAGGCACCGCGUUUUAGGUGACCAGGCAAGCAAGCUCCAGCUGUUUCUGGAAGACGGCGAAUUGAUACAACAUUUGAUCGACAUCGACAGCCGGGACGUCGAGAAGAAAGUGAAAAGCUUGGAAUUGCUGCUCAGCUUGAUGAACUUGGAGGCGGACGUGCGCAAUGAGCUUGACUACGUUUAUGCGUCGAUGGCCACGCGGAUAAUGCGUACGAUUUCGUUGGACGAGACGGUGCCGGUGGAAGUGUGUCACAAGACUUUGCAGUUGUUGAACCUCUGUUUGAACAACUGUGGGAUAGACUACUGUAAUGGGGACGCGGAUGUGCGGCGGGCUGUGCCCGUGGGUUUGCCCGGGCUUUUGAUACACUUCCUCGGGAUGAAUGAGAAGCAGAUGACUCCCGAGCAGAGCAUCUCCUGGGCCAACACGCUUUUGGAGUUAAUGUCUGCGGUGCUCAAAUGCCGGGAGGUGGUUUCGCUUCCGCAAGGGCUUCUUCUGCCGUUAGAGGCACUCAUGCUAUCACUAGUGGACCGCUAUGGUCACCAGUUGGACCUCAAAUACAUUUUAAAGGUCAGCGUCGCGCCGAACCCCAAGGACCAAGAGUACAUGGCAUUUAGCAACCGUGGGAUAGGAAGCAACCAACUCCUACCAUUCACGAGCACCCCGCGUGCGCUUGUCAUCCAGAACCCGUUGCACGAGACAUUGCUCUGGUUGGCGAUUGUCCUAUACAUCGAGUGCUACAAGGUUCAUCCAGUUAAAAAUAAUCUAUGGCUGGACAGCUCGUUCACCGUCUUCGUUACUGGCCUUCUAAAAUCCCAAAACACCAAUCUCAAAGCAUGUGCGGUGCAUUUCCUCGUGACUCCCUACUUCUUUAAUCCCAAGAAAAUGGUACAGAAACAAAGUCUGCAACUAUGGUUGCCUUACCUAAUUGAUUUAAUCAACUAUGAUGAUGUGCCGUGGUGGUUUGAUCCGCUAGACACGCUAGUCCAGUUGGUUACGUAUUACAACACACAAAACCCAUUGAACAAUGAGAUCAUAGAAUAUUUGUACAGGACUAACCUUUUGCAUGGGUUAAUCACCGUGUUUGUGAAAUGCCUCUCGUUGGAAUACCAGACCACAAGCUCUUUGGGUAUCAUCACCUCAUACCUUAAGCUAUUCGCACAGGUAACAGCUAAUGAUGAAAAAUGCAGAUUGCUCCUACUGGAAGACAACCAACUCAUGCAGCAUGUUGAACAUGCUCUUCAAACACAUUUGGACUUGUUAAGUGUGUUCAUCUUGAGCUCAGACAAGAUGAAAGAAAUGAUAGGACCAAACGACGUCAUGCCGCCCUUUUAUACCAGCGAGGUAACGUUGCAAUGGGUAACAUUAUUGAAGUCUUUUUCGCGAAGUGUUAACUCAUUGCGGACAAGAUUACGUCGAACCCUACUUGGAGAGCAACUAUUACAGAUGGCGGAGACAAUAUACAUGUUAUUAAAAAAGGGGAGCUUUGCUAGUGAUGAUCUACUUAAGGCUGAAAUGGAUAUAUUGGCUACAGUUUUCGCUGUAAUCUCUAAUUUUGCCAUGGAAUUCUCUAAUCUACAGGUUUACAUGGUGAAACACGGUGUAUUACAAAUGGCCCACGACAUCUUACUUGACCCGCUUUUCAACAGUCACGUAGAAUGUGGCGAGGAAUAUAUGCGGUAUAAGAAAAGAUUCCCGACUGAGAAUAUUAGUGCAGUAAAGAUUAAUGUGCUAUGGAUGUUAAAGCAUUUGAUAUACAAUUCGAAUACAGAGGACAAAUUGGAAUUAUUAAAAGUAAUACCCAUGGAUAUAAUCCUUGAAUAUAUCAAUGACCAGAAUUGGGCUGUUCAGGAACAGUGCUUCCAACUACUCCGCAAUUUGACCUGCAACUCCAGAAAAGUGAUUAAUAUCCUUCUUUACCACUUCAGAGAAAAGGAACCCUUCAAUUCUCCACAGAGCAACGAUGAGCAUAAAUGUGACCUGAAGUCUACUUAUCUAUUCGAAUUUCUCACCAAAAAAUUGAGAUCAUCAGACCCAAAGAAUGCCCACCAAAUGGGGACGAUAGUGUCCAUAAUACACAUUAUAGUGAACUUCACGGUCAUCAACGAAAGCAAGAGGCAAAUGGUUAUAGAGCAAGAAGAAGUUUUAGAAAUUGUAAAAGCAAUUCUAUCCGAGUCUAGCGCGAAUAACAGCAGGUUCUGUAAUAAUGAGGACGCAAAACUAGGGUGUAUUUGGAUGCUAACAAACCUCAUCUGGAAUUCUUCUUUUACCAGCUACACUCAUAGUGCUCCCGUCGACUACACACCAACGGCCCCCACUGGAGAUGCCUCCACAAGAAAUUCCGAAGCCAUCCGUUCAGCUCUGUUUGAACCUGGGAACUCCGGUAAUUACUCGGACGAUUCGGAGAACGAUGCCGAAACUGAAGGUAUCGAUAUGGAUGAGGCUGGAGACUUUGUUCGUCUCUCGUUCCAGUCUCCUACGAGUGCAAACCCGGCCUUGGUUCGAUACCGCAGACUAGAAAAAAUGGGUUUCUACGAGCUCAUUCAUGAACGGACUUUUGACGAAUACCUGAAUGUGCGGGAAAGAGCAAGGACAUUACUUUUCCAUAUGGAUAUGUUGCGGAAGGGUGGUGCAACUUAA